AUGGAGUCUGAGAGACCGUGUUGUUAUACCGAGUGUUGCGACGCAGAAACAUCCUGGGACCAGUACGGCAUGAGAAUCAAAUGGACAGAACCAGCCGUGUCAGGAAAGAGCAAAGUCGCUAUGCUGGAUCCUUUAGUUAUAAAGCUGUGCCUUGAAUGCAAGAAACCAAUUCCGUUGAGGAACGUCAGUGCUUGGGCAUGGACUCAUAUAUUCCACCAGGAUAACACAGAGGGCAUCUUCAGAGAAAUAAAACUGGCAUAUAACCCAAAAUCUCGGAAAUGGGACGACUGGGGCGUGACCACUUACGAGUUUUUCGCCAUUAUAUACCCAACUCAUAGCGCAUAUUUCAGGCUGACCUACAACGUCAAGUACGAGAAGCUGAUGAUCUGGGCCAAUGUGUUCCAGGCGGACCACAUUCUAACUGUGCUGGCACCUCGGGACGUGAACAUCUGGACCAAGUCACCCAGGUACUCACAGAUAACUAGGAAUAUAUACCUGGGCAAUUAUCUGGCCGUGAUUCUGGCCGAAGAGAACGGAUUUGACGCUGUGCUCAAUCUUCAUGUGGAAACGGAUGAACGUGCUGGGGAGGACCCUAAAAUUAAAGUCUUCAAGUCCUCGGAAGUUAAAUCUGGAUCCGGCAAUGAAAUUGAUGGUCAGCAGCUCAAGGAACUGGUGCAGUGGCUAAUGGAAGUCAACAUGAACUGUUACAGAAUUCUUGUAGGAGAUCAUGAAGGUUUGGGACGAGCAGGGUCUGUCAUUGUGGCUUACAUCUUCGCCAACAACCGAAAUCUCACUUUCGAUGAAGCCUACAAUUACGUCAAGACUCGAACUUAUGUCUUUUGCCACAAAGGGCUGAAGGAAACCCUCUAUCAGCUUUAUCCAAGAGACUGA